GUUUGCGCAGCUGUAGACAUUAAUAUCGAUCGGUGUGCCGAAUGAAACGGAUCGCUCGCACACGAUACCUCACGUUCUGACGCGCGCGUACUCGCGCGUGUCAAUGUAAACUGAACAAAGUCUGGUGAUUACCGGUGGUUAUCGAUAACAUAAAGUUUUGGGGCCAAUGCUCGCAUUGCUUCCACAUACACUGCAUCAUGAAGUGGUUGCAUUCCCAGCAAACCAGGCAUCUCUGUCCGAUGUGUCGUCAAGAAUGGAAGUUCAAGGAGUAGUUGGUUUGCCGAUAGUCCCGCAGGUGUCAGCACGCAACGAGUAAUCAGCAUACAAGAAAGGAUCGCCAUGUCUUCCCUGCAAGGUCUACCACCGUUACCGAGAAGUCUCAGUGGAUUCAAUUUGAGCGGUGGACGAAGCGAGGGUUGCGAGCCACCUCCGCCGCCCACCAGAUCUUCCAGUAAAACGCAAAGAGGCGGCAAAACUUCGAUCCAAUCGUCGUCCAGGCCAUCGCCACCUGCUCGACAGCUUACCACGUUGGAUACGCAGCUGGCCAUACUCAGGAGAGAAAUGUUUGGCCUUCGACAACUGGAUCUCUCUUUGCUCGCUCAACUUUGGUCCCUGAACGAAUCUAUACAAGAAUUUCGACAACUGUUGCAAGAACAGGAAGACAGAGCGCCAUCUCCUUCGCCCAGCAGCGAGGAAGGAGACGACACCUCUUACGGAACUCACCCUCCACCUCCACCGAGAAGACCGGCUCCUGGUGUACACCUGCAUAGACCACCCAGGCCACCCAGACCGGCCAGGCCUCCACCUAGCGACGAAUCGCCAUCUAGCGAAGAAUACGGAGCUGUUUGACGCGUACAACUUCACGCUAUACUUGUGUCAAAUCGUCUCCUCCAACUACUUGAUCAUAAGUUUUGACGCGUUAUAAGAGAUAAAAGGUCUUGUUUAAAGAAUUGGUAGAAGGUGACUCGGCGAUUCGACGUCGAUCGAUACGGUUGCUUCUACCUGUACAAGUCCGAACGAUGUUAUCUAAGAAUACGAUCUAAUGCAUCGUUAUAAAAAACUUGUUGAUGCUCGAAGGUACCUGUAACGUUACAUUUCAUUACGGAGACAUCGGAAAUUCUACUAUUCCAUGGCGUUUCUUGCAAUUGCGAUCGCUCAGUGGCGAUAGAUCGUUGCGGAAUUGCGCAGCGUGCGAAUUGUACGGAGAAAUGGCUAUUUAAAUAAGCAUGUACCAUUCUUUAAUUCGCAAAACUGUGAAUG